AUGAAAGAUAUCCUGCUGCGUGAAAGAAUCAUUGGUUACCAUUUAUGUAAGCACGCAGACAAAGCCACUCAGGACCCCGGUCGAUUUGUUCGCAAUUUAGUCGACUUGAUGGCCAGAAGAGUUCCAGAAUAUGGAAUGUUGGUCUCUAACAGCUUAUUAAUCCUUUCAGUUCUUAAGAGUUGUUCAGGAGAUCCGCUUGAAUGCUUCGAACAAGCCGUGAUGGCGCCACUUUUGCAGUUAAAAGGUGAACCUCAAACCUAUUUCAUUAUCAUAGAUGCCUUAGACGAAUGCUCGUCAGACAGUGGAGGGACUUCAGUGGUUCAGUUUAUCAGAGAAACGUCCAGUAAGCUGCCAAAAUGGAUCAAGCUUGUAAUGACUUCUCGCAAUGACUCAAAUGUAUUAAAACACUUCAGUCAUUUUCGCAAAGUGUAUUUGUCUUCCAAAGAUGCACGAAACUUACAAGACAUCGAAGUCUUUAUCACCGCUAAACUAUUCGAAGACGCUUCUAUUCUCGAAAGAUUGAAAGCUAUGUUAGGUUCUAGUAGCGGUGAAGAGAUUUCUUUCCUGACGAGCAGGUUAUUAAGCCAGAGCCAAGGAAAUUUUCUUUACGUAAAAGAAAUGUUCCAUUUUUGGAAAGAAGAUAGGAAUAAUGACUUCGGACAUAUCCCAAAAACAAUUGGUGGGAUUUACGAGAGGUACUUGAAAAGGAUUUAUGGUUCCAGAGAGAAAUUCAAGCCCGCUUUAGCUAUUCUAGAGAUCAUGGUGGCUGCAUUUGAACCGAUGCCGGUUGAUGAUUUGUAUCGAGUUUUAAGAACGCAGGAAAACAUCGACUAUGAAUAUGAAUUUGUUUACGCGCUUAAAGAUCUUUCACAUUUUAUCAGAUAUGGCGCAGACAACACCAUCACUAUUUUCCACCUUUCCUUUACAGAGUGGCUCACUAGCAAUGAAAACCUUGGAAACCCAUACUAUGUAAGUCUGAAACGUGGUCAUAGACGCUUAGCGGAAUAUUAUUUAAGUGUUGUAAAAAAGACCCAGAACUCUUCUAUGGACAUCUACCGUUUAGCUCAACACGUUACUUUUGGAGAGGGUGACGAAAAUUUUCUAGAAGAGUUUGGCAAUAUCAAAGCUUCUUACAUAAAUGCCUCUAUUGACGGCGAGAACAGGACACUUCUCCAUCUAGCUGCAGAAAAUAGCAAUAGAAAAAUUCUUGAGUUACUUGUUCCAGCGUUUGAUAGCGUUGACUGUGAGGACAACUACGGCUUUACUCCUGGCUUUGUUGCAGCAAAGAGCGGUCUCAAAGAAAACGUUGAAUUUCUCAUCAACAAGGGAGCUAACAUUGAACACCGAACAAAGCCACCACCUUCGCUCUACUCUCUAAUGGAUAGCUCUGUACUUGCAACUGAUCCUAUUGAACGAGCCAAAACCACCCUUUGGAACUCCACCAUGGUACACGCAGCUGCAUCGGGAGGUCAUACAGCCGUAAUACGAGCUCUUCUGAAAAGGAACGCUUCGUUUCGAGAAGUAAAUGGUGUUAACUUGACAGCCAUCCAGCUCGCAGCACAAAAUGGACAUUUAGAUGUUGUUCAGCUUUUGUACUAUAGUGGGUCAAAUGCAGACCAUCUUUGUCUUCAAUAUGCAGCUCACGCCGGCCAUACAGACGUUGUUAAAUUCCUCAUGAAGAUCGGUAUACUGGACACCUGCAUGCCAUGUGAUGGUAUAUUUUACUGGCUUGGAAACAAAGUCCGAUAUCAGGCAGGGCCUAGUUAUAACUUCAACGACUCACAUGGGUACAUUUUGGCAGACGAUGAUUACAGAAUCAAAUGCCAAAGUGCACUUCAUUUAGCAGUCGCCGAAAAACAUACAGAGGUUGUUAAAUUACUACUUUCUGUGGAAGAUAAUACAAUCCAUUGCAAGGACUUCACAGGCCGAACUCCUCUGCAUGAAGCGAUAAGACAAAAUCAUGUGGAAAUAUCAGAGCUUCUUAUAAGAAGUGGUGCAAGAGUUUCUCAAAAAUGUAUGCGCUUUCAAAAUUUAUCCUCUGUUUGCAACAACUCAGAGAAGUGUAAUCAGCUGAGAACAUUUUUAAACAAAAGAGAGCUAGAAGAAUACGAAAGGGAUCUGUGCCAUUGUGGCACCACACCCUUUCUACUUGCAGCAAGAUACGGUUAUAUUGAGGUCGCGUCCCUGCUUUUGCGGUAUGGUGCAAAGUGUGACGAUAAGGAUUGCCAAGGGGCCACGGUUCUUCACAUUGCUGCAUGUCAUGGGCAUUACGAUUUAAUUAGAUGGCUCAUCUCUCAACGAACUUCUCUUCAUCUUAACAUGAAAAGUAAAAACCUCUCUACACCGCUUCAUAGCAGCGCCAUUUGUAAAAUCAACCGGGACAUCAAACCUCUGUUAGACAUGGGUGCGAACAUCUAUGAAACUGAUGAAAACGGAAUGACGCCUCUGCAUUAUACUGUCAUAAAUGCAUAUGAAACCGAUUCAAUUGUAUUAUUUCGAAGAGUGAUCGCGAACGGUUCGUUGUUUACCACAGUUCUGGGGUCAAAGGGUGAUAUUACGGUGACACGUGAUUCUGAUGUCAUUUAUAGGACUUUGCCGUUAAACUUUCAGUGUUCAAAGCUUACAGAUAUUAUAGAAUCAUCAAAUAAUUCGUACAUAAAUGCGAUGGAUAUAAAUGGAAGAACAGCCUUGCAUCUCGCAGCAAAAAAUGGAGAGGAGUGUUGUGUCAUACGGCUACUGGAAAAACGCGCAAAAGCAGAUUUAUAUGACCUUCAAGGGAAAACCCCUCUAGACUUUGCUACGGCGUUUUCUACCGAAGUGCGCGAGUGUAGCUGGUGCGACAACAUCGAUGAUUUAGACAUAAUUCUGGCCGUAAACCAAAGGUAUCACGAUUCAAUAGUUAGGAUUCUCCUCUCAAGAGAGGUUAACUUAACCCAGACGUGCGACGAAGAAAAAACACAUAUAUUGCGCCACGCCUUUGAAGUGCACAAGCUAGUAAUUGCUUACCUUAUACCUUCGAAGGGCUUUAGGCUAAGCUGUAAAGAUGCGCAAGGUCGAACACCACUGUUAACUCACCUUCAGAGUGGUGGCAAGUGGCUGGACGUAAUCUUGGAACGAUUUGAUGCACCCAUUCACAUCGACUGUGGGAAGCCAUUUAACACGUCCGAAUUCCACCUGCUGGCAUUCAGAAAGCCGACAGGCCCGUCAGAAAAUCUUCUGGAUACCACACCUGUGAUAACUUUACUUUUUCUCGUUAUGAAAGCGAUAAAGGCCCCUCCCUUAGGAUUCCGUGUCAUAGACGAGUGUCGUGAUGCAGAGGGAUACACAGCGUUACAUAGAGCUGCUCAAGGUGGCAAUCAGCUUGUACUGAAGACAUUUCUCUCGUUAGGCGCUGAUCCUUCCAUUUUGACUUCUAAGGGUAAUAGCGCUUCGGAAAUCACCAUUGUGUGUGCAAGGAUAAGCCCGUUCCCAUCAAAUAAUCGUAGACGAAUUGGAAUCGGCUGAUCUUUUGCUUCAAGCUUCGAAACAAUUUGAUGUUGGAUGCAACAUAUGAAGGUGGCUUGCGAAAGAUCCUAUUGCAGUUUUCAGAUUCCUUUUAGAAAAUACAUAUCAAUAGUAGAAUUCAAGUUUCUUCCCUUUUUCUUACCACUUGUAAUGAAAUAAAUAUACUUGCACCUUA